AUGACUAUCCUUCUCAUUGGUGGUACUGGCAAGACCGCCGUCCGUCUUGCACGCUUUCUUCAGAACAAUAAUCACCAGUUCCUCUUGGCCUCUCGCCGAGGCCAGUCAGCCGCGCCUGCUGGUAUGCCGGCUGUCCGGUUUGACUGGAUGGACAAGGCGUCGUGGAAGGAGGCGUUUAAGUAUCGCUCUGCGGCUGGGGAGGAUGUCAGGGCAAUCUAUCUGAUGGAGCCGCUGGUGGCAGAGCCCUGGAAGCCUAUGAAUGAGUUUAUCGACUACGCGCGUCAGGAACAGGGUGUUGGUCGGUUUGUCCUUGUGGCGGGAACUUCGUCUCAACCUGGAAAGCCGGGCAUGGGGAUGGUUUGGCAGCACUUCAUGGACACGGGGGUUGAUUACGCAGUUCUCCGGCCUAGUUGGUUUAUGGAAAACCUCUCCGAAGAAGCCCCCUCCGGCCUGAUCAAAGACCUGAGUAGGAUCUUCACAGCCUGCGGCGAGGGCAAAAUCCCCUUCGUCAGCGCCACGGACAUUGCAGCUGUGGCCUACAGGGCCCUGACAGACGCCAAACCCCACAACUGCGACCACCGGAUCUUGGGCCCCGAGCUUUUAACCUAUGACGGGAUUGCGCAAAAGCUUAGCAUAGCACUCGGCCGGGAGAUCCAGCAUGUCAGUCUCUCCGGGGAGGAUCGCUAUCAAAGUCUCGUGACUGCUGGGGUGUCGGCGUAUUACGCGCGACUACUCACCAACCUUGAAGCGGCUGCCGCGAUGGGAUUCGAGGCUCAUCUGAACGAUGAGGUGGAGAAGGUAACGGGUCGACCUCCAAAGACCUUCGAUGUCUUUGCGCAGGAGAACCGGGCUCACUGGAUUUGA